GAAUGCGAAGAUAUCUGUACGUUCUUAAUAGACCGAUUAAAAGUACGAACUUCGCAUUAUGAGAACCGAAGUGUGCCAAAACUCGCGACAUUAAUGGAUGCAAGAUUCAAGAAAGAAGGGUAUAGGUCGGUCGGAAAUGCACACGCAGCUACUAAUCUCCUUCAAAGUGAACUGCUUUCCAUGCCGACACUGUCGACUUCGAGCCGCACACCAGAAAUACCAACACCAUCAACUGUUGAAACCGGGUCGCAGAACUCGUUUUUAAAUUUUGUUGAAACAAAAAUAGCACUGAAAAGGCAAUCUAGUACUACUGAUGCGAUCAUUUCCCUACGCCGCUACUUUGAAAGCCCUAACUCCCCGCAGGAUGUUGACCCAUUGCUCUUCUGGAAGAUCAAUUCAACCGAUUCGGAUGCACUAAAGGUUUGUGCAAGACGGUAUCUAUGUGUCCCAGCAUCAUCUACAGAAUCGGAAAGGAUGUUUAGUAAGGCAGGGUACCUUAUUUCCGACCGCAUAGCCAACCUUAAAGAAGUUAACGUUGACAAGAUUUUGUUUGUAAAUAAAAAUUAA